AACAGUUUAUUUAUUCUCGACGUAAGGUUUACUUUCACUUCAUGUCUUAAAAAUGAUUCAAGAUAUCUUAACCUCACUUUCUCUUUUUUUCUAAGAAAAAAAAAAACUUAGUUUCUCAAUUUUCAGAUUAGAGAGAUCCACUAAUGUGAGAGAUCCACUAAUGUAGAGAUUUGGAACAAUUACUCCUUCAGUGAAGUUUUUAAAUUCGAGUUUUAACAUCCGUAUAGUACGUAAGAAUUUAAUAUAUUAUUGCCACUUCUAAUAAAAAAUGUCCUAAAAAAAAAUAAAUAAAACUAGAGAAUACAUUAUGCUCUCCAAAUAAUUUUUUUUGGGAGAGCAUCCAUGGAAAUGGGCCCAAUAGUUUAAGCGGCAAAAGAAAAAAAAGAAAAAAAGAAAAAAAAAAGGUGGUUAAGAAAAUAGGCGUUUUAAUAGACGAGGAAGGCCUCCUAAUCCAAGUAAGAGGUAAAGAGAGCUUUUGUUGUUGUUGCGUGGGAGAGGCCGGGGUGAGGGGAGUGGCCGGACAGCGGUGGCUCAGGUGGUGAUGGUUGUAGUGGCAAGGGCGCGCUUGCUGCUGCAACCAACUCUGUUUCCGAUCGCCAAAUCCACCACAAUUUAAUUCAAUGCAAUUAAAAAGAGAGGCUUUCGUUUCGUUUCUUUUCCUUGGAUUUAAUCAAUAUAAAAUUCCUAAAUCACAAUCAGCUUCUUUAGCAUUGUGCUUCUUUGGCCUUGCCCAUAUGGCCAUUUAGUAUACAGCAUAUGCUCUCUCUCUCGGCGUUUGUUUUUUGUCCGAGACAUUGGUGAUUUCCUAGAAGCCCCCAAAAAUCCCACACGCAUUUGCCCCCACUUUUGUAAAGUUUCAAACUUGCAGUGCUUCCAUUGUGAUUUUUGAAGAAGACAACGUUCCACUACAUAUUAAACUCUGAAGCCGAUCUUCCAGUGCCAUUUUUCAAACCAAAUUUUUCCUUGUGGUGUUACUAUUAGUCCGGUCAGUGAUGUCACUCAAAAAAAUAUUUCACGAGCUACUGGAGCUCAGAGAUGACAUGGGGAAAAAAUCAAGAAGGGCAGAGAGAAAGCAUACGCGUCGCCGAGCAAAAUCACACAUUGCCCCUGAACAGUCAUUAUCUUCAUUGCCAUCACCUGAAUUGGUUCAACAGAGCCAAUGGGCAAACUUGCCCCCCGAGUUGCUUCUUGACAUAAUUCAACGCUUGGAAGCGAGCGAGACCUCCUGGCCUGCUCGGAGAGAUGUCGUUGCCUGUGCUUCGGUUUGCAGGUCAUGGAGGGAGAUUACAAAAGAGAUAGUCAAGACUCCAGAGCAAUGUGGCUGGCUUACCUUCCCUAUCUCACUGAAGCAGCCGGGUCCAAGAGAUGCUCCGAUCCAGUGCUUUAUUAAGAGGGAAAGAGAAACCUCGACAUAUCGACUGUAUCUUGGUCUAAGCCCUGCUCUGUCUGGGGACAUGAGUAAGCUAUUGCUGGCAGCGAGAAAGAUCAGACGGGCAACUAGUACAGGUUUUGUGAUAUCUUUGGUUGCAGAUGAAUUUUCUCGAGCAAGCAAUACCUAUGUUGGAAAACUAAGGUCUAAUUUUCUGGGGUCCAAGUUUACCAUUUAUGACAGUCAGCCUCCACAAAACCCAGCAAUCCAAACAAAUUGUAGGUCACAUCGCAGAAUCAAUUCAAAGCAGGUAUCUCCAAGGGUACCUGCCGGCUGUUUUAGUGUUGCUUCUGUAUCUUAUGAACUCAAUAUCCUCCGAACAAGGGGCCCAAGGAGAAUGCAAUGCACCAUGCAAUCAAUCCCCAUAACAGCAGUUCAAGAAGGGGGCUUUGCUCCAACUCCAACAGAGUUAUCAACUUGCUUAAACCAGAAAUGCUCUCCAUUGUCCACUUCGCAAGGGAAGAAGCCACUUGCUAACUUGGGCUCUAGUAGUACCACACUGGAUUUGGAACAUGGCAUGAAGGAUCCGCUCAUUUUGAAAAAUAAAUCCCCUCGAUGGCAUGAACAGCUGCAGUGUUGGUGUCUAAACUUUAAGGGUCGUGUUACAGUGGCAUCCGUGAAGAAUUUCCAGCUGGUGGCUUCUGCAGAGCCUUGCCAAAAUGUUUCAUUGGCUGAACAAGAGAAAGUAAUCCUGCAAUUCGGGAAGAUCGGUAAAGACAUUUUCACUAUGGAUUAUCGCUACCCUCUCUCUGCUUUCCAAGCUUUCGCAAUUUGCUUGAGCAGCUUUGACACGAAACCAGCCUGUGAAUGAUUUACUCUCUAUUCAAAUCAUGUGACUAUCAUGUUCGUCUUUCCUUAGAUUUAACUGUAAAUAUACUUCGUGAAACAAAGCACUUUAGGUUGUGCCUUUUGGUCCAUCAGAAAGUGCCUUCAUUGAAGUCGCACUAGUUUGUGUAAUGGCAGUAACCCAGAAAGCAUAAUGUAAGUUGCCAAUUUAUUUAUAUGCACAAAAGCACUUUUUUGCAA